AUGUUGCAGUGCUGUGGUGUUGGAGGUGGCGCUUCCACGGCACCUCAGGCUCCGCAGCUGCAGGAUACCGGAUCUGCUGUCGGGAUUACCACCUCCACGAAAACCACCAUCAUGCAGGACGCAGUUCUUGAAUCCAUCCUCGAGCAAAUGCGUGAAACGGAAGCUCGAAAAGCGGAUCUGGAGCGCCAACAUGCAGAAGCACAGAAUCAGCUACACGAAAAGAUAGCAGGACGAUAUCAAGGCCCGGAAUCGGUUGAAGCAUUGCAAUCAAAGAUAAGGGAACUUGAAAAGAAGACGGAGUUACAGAUGGUCAGGCACGAAGAAUUGUCCUUGGAAUUAACAAGCCUGAGACGUGCACGAAGCAGAGGACCUAUGGUGGGUCACUCGACGGUCCCGACUACUUGGCCUCCGACUGGUUCUGAAAUUGACAGAAUAAUAGCAAAGAUAGAACAAGAUAAUAGUGCUAGUAGAAUGAUACACGAUUUGGAUCAUACUCGAGGAUCCGUUACUACGCAACAACCCUCAGUUACACAGGGUAUUUUGCGAUCUAGCUCGGAAAACCUUCCUAAUCUCUGUCAACAUCAGCAUCCACCUCCACAUGCUUUGAACCUAGGAAUGCCAACACAGAUGAGUCACUAUGCAGGUUCGCCUAUGCCCUUAACGCCAAUGAUGCCAGGCUGUCCACCACUGACUCCGAACGGGCCGCCGUAUCACUACAGCGAAGCAAUUCCACCAGCACCGUCGCUCUCCACUAGUCAAUCGCAACCUGUUUUUCAACAAAAGAUGCAACAGUAUCAACAACCGCAACAGACACAUACCGAGUUACAGAGCUCUCAUUCUCAAAGUGUUCUGCAGGCACAGCAGAAGCAACAAACGCACACCCAUUAUACGAGUAAUCAGUAUCAGGAGAGUUAUCCGCAUACGCAAACCUAUCAGCAGCCGCUCCAGCAGCAACAACAGCAACAGCCACAACAUUCGGCCUCUACAACGUACCUGACGUCAUCGAGCCAAAGCAUAUUACCUCAUUAUUCCCAGCCCACACAGACCGCCCAAAGUUUUCAAUUGAAUGGAAGUCAACAGGCAACGACAUAUCCAAGUUUGUCCAUUACGUCGCAUCCAAACGGAACCUAUAGUACAGGGGCGAGUAGCUUUAGUACUCAACUACCGCAUCACAACUUUUCCGUUCCGCAGACAAGUAUCCCACAAACUACGUUAUCCUCGUUGCCACCCUAUUCGACAUCUUCCUUUCACUCUACUUUGGGUGCACUUACCAGUGUACCUCAAACCGCUCUUUCCUUUUCGAGCGUACCGAGCAGUUUCGUCACUAGUGGAUCGACCUAUUCCACCGUCGGGACCAAUGCUUUUGGCACGUCAGGCGUAAGCUCAGGAACCACAUCGACAGGCUUAUUACAGGCGAUAAGCGAUCCUCUUCAAGCAAUGCAGCAACUAUCUGCUCAGUCUCAAGUCAAUCAACUUCAACAGCAAGCUAUCAUCCAGCAGAUUCAGCAAAGUUUACGCGCCAGUUCGCCGACAGCACCUGCUACGACGGGUCAUCAUUUCCUUGGUUCAAGGCAGAUGCCAAAGAUACCCAGUAGUAUACUUCCCAAUCCCUUGGAUCGACUGACCAAUGACAAUAUUGUAACAGAGGGUCAAGUGGACAUGCUGGAUAUACCCGGCAAAGGCAGAUGUUACGUCUAUAUUGCUCGUUUUACAUACGAGCCGUUUCAGCACUCGCCAAACGAAAAUCCAGAAGCGGAGUUGCCUGUUCAGGGAGGCGAUUAUCUUCUUGUUUGGGGACAACCGGACGAAGAUGGUUUUCUCGAUGCAGAAACUCUUGACGGUAGACGUGGUCUCGUUCCAGCUAAUUUCGUCCAAAAAUUAAUCGGCGAUGACCUAUUAGAAUUUCAUCAAGCCGUUCUUGGCCUCAGAGACGUUGAUGAUUCUGCUUCGACUAAUAUUCCCCAAGUGAGCAAUUGUUAUCUCCAGGAUAUUGAUCUGGAGUUAGCGGCUUUAGAAGAAGGAAAUCGAAAUCGACAAGCUGAACUAUCUGCUUACGCGGAGCUUGAUAAUAUAGCAGAAGAAGACGAACAAGAGCCACCAGAAGUCUACCUGUUUUCGGACCUAGUUCCGGCGCCGCAGCACCUUACACUCGAGCGCCAAUUGAACAAGAGCGUCUUAAUUGGUUGGACGGCACCAGAAAAUACUCAUCAGUUGGAGUCCUAUCACGUCUACGUGGAUGGAGUGUUGAAGGUUACUGUGAAAGCAACUGAGAGGACCAGAGCAUUGGUUGAGGGAGUUGAUUCCACCAGGCCACACAGGAUAAGCGUGCGAUCAGUGACGCAUUCACGAAGAACGUCUCGCGAUGCCGCUUGCACAAUGGUGAUCGGUAAGGAUGUAGCCUUGGGUCCAACCGCUGUCAAGGCGUCGAAUGUAACCGCCACCAGUGCUGUCAUAUCGUGGAUGCCGAGCAAUAGUAAUCAUCAACACGUGGUUUGCGUGAAUAACGUCGAAGUUAGGACGGUGAAGCCUGGUGUUUACAGACACACAAUUACUGGUUUAGCACCCUCGACAAUCUAUAGGGUGACUGUUAAAGCGAAAAACCUGAGAGCGACACACUUCGAGGACCAAAACACUCAAGCGGCAAAUAAUUUAGCAUGUCACGUCCAUUUCAAAACGUUGCCCAAAGGAUUACCUGAUCCUCCGGUCGAUAUCCAGGUGGAGGCUGGACCGCAGGACGGCACUUUGCUAGUGACCUGGCAGCCUGUUGCCCUAAACGGUUCGGCCGUCACCGGUUACGCGGUGUAUGCCGAUGGAAAAAAGGUCACCGACGUAGACAGCCCCACUGGUGACCACGCUCUGGUGGACAUACAUAAGCUUAUGGGCUUGAACCCAAAGCACAUCACAGUUAGGACAAAAAGCAGGGAAAGUCAAUCGGGCGAUAGCUGUGCUACUGCCAUUCCUUGUAGCGUUCUUCGUGGCGGGACCGCGACUCAUUUGCAACAUGGAUCUACGCACAUGCAAGACCAAGGACAACCUCAGCCUUCUGGUACCGGGCAAGUGGACGACCCGAAUAGACAUCGUAUGGGAGUUGUAGGUCAGAGAUAUCCAUCGACUCCUGUACCAUCUCACAUAAGGCGACACGGCAAUACUAGAGUUGACUCUCACGGCCAAGUUAUCAUCGAGACUGACGAAAAUUUAUCCGAUAAAGAAAUUUAUCCUGGACAGAGCAUGUCCCAGAUGGGAGUUCCAGAGAUCACCAAAGAUUCGGCAAGCGAAGCGAAUUACAGCGAGGAAGAUGAUCCGUCACGCAGAGGUAGAGGAAUGCCACUGCAUCAUGGCAGCCAACAUCGAUACGGAUCACAAAUGGGACAGCAAGGACUUCCUGGGACACAUCGACCCGGAAGAAUGGGUGGUCCUGCUGGUAGACCUCAAGAUCCUUACUAUGAACACUCGACACAAGGAAGUCAGAGAGGUAGGACUUCUAGUUACCGUGGAAGGGGGAUGCAAGCUCAAGGUGGUGCCAGUCAUCCAUCGAGCAGUGCACAACAAAUGAACAAGAGAACACGCUGGUUUGUUGCUCUAUUCGAUUAUGACCCGAAAAGAAUGUCACCCAAUCCAGACGCAUGCGAAGAAGAAUUGCCAUUCUCUGAAGGCGAUACGAUUAAGGUUUACGGUGAAAAAGACGCGGAUGGAUUUUAUUGGGGAGAAUGUCAUGGUAGACGAGGAUACGUUCCUUACAACAUGGUUGAAGAAAUUAAAGAUCCGAACCAGCCAGGACAGGGACAGUCAGGAAGGAGAGGAAGAUGGGGAGAUAUCUACGCUAGCAUGCCUGUAAAGAAAAUGAUAGCGCUAUACGAUUAUGACCCUCACGAAUUAUCUCCCAAUGUUGAUUCCCAAGUGGAACUGGCAUUUCAAACUGGGAAUGAAAUUUAUGUCUAUGGUGAUUUGGACGAUGAUGGAUUUUAUAUGGGUGAAUUAAAUGGUGUGCGUGGCCUAGUACCGAGCAAUUUCCUCACUGAAGCGCCUGAUCAGCCGUCACAAGGACAACUUCCUCCAGGAAACAGAAGACCUCCUGGUCAAAGUCAAGGACCCGGAGUAAGAGGACCGCCUCCUCCGCCUCGAGAACCUCCUCCUACUGGUCAUCGACGAGGCAAAGAUGCCUGCAUUGUGCCUGUGUCUGUCCCUGUCUGUCACUUAGACUCUAGACAACAACAACAACAACAACAACCACCAUCACUAAUGAACAACCAACAACAUCAACUCCAACAUCAACAAAACAAUCCACCGCAUCUAGCGUACCAACAAGCGAAUCACCACAGCUACACGACUGUAACCACGUCCAAUCAACAUGGGCCCACACCUAUGGGUGCCCAUCAGCAAGGCCCCGUACCACCCCACCUUCAACAGCAGGGGAAGGGGAGGGGAGGCGCGAUCAAUCGUGGUAGUAAUGUGCCAGGAGGUAUGCAGGGCCUUGGUCAGCAAGAUUAUCAGCAACAGAAUCAACCGUACCAGCAGCAACAGCAGAAUCCGCAGAACCAAAAUUAUCAACCACAGAAUCAAGGUUAUCAACAACAGGGUGCAGGAUUCGGUCCCCAAGGCCAACAAUUCCAGCAGCAACAGCCUCAGCAGCAGCAACAACAACAACCGAAUCAGCCGUAUUCGCAACAGAACCAAGGUUCCUCUAUGCAAGGCAAUCAGGGCACGAGUAAGCCGAUGAGAGGAAUACCAACGGUGUUACCGACGCCUCAAGCGAAGGCGCAACCGAAUACUACACAAGGCCAACAACAGCAACAACAGCAGCAACAGCAGCAGAGUACAGGGCCGAAUCUGAUGCAAAAAUUCACGGAGAUGGCCGGUGCGAGCGCUGGCGGCGAUAUCCUGUCGAAAGGGAAAGAACUGAUUUUCAUGAAGUUCGGACUAGGCAAGUGAGUUAUUACCCUGCUCGUGUCGCCAGCUCCGCUUCUUCUCCAUUUCUGGGGAGGUCUGUUUGUAAAUCAGUAUUACACGGAGAAACGUUCGCGGAGAGUAAGCGAGACGCGCAGGCAGGAACGUACGAACGCGUCUCGUCCGCUCAGGUCUUCGCGAAUAUCCCUGAACGAAUACAAAUGUAAAUGUGUGCUGCCAUUGCUGCUGCUGCUGUUGCUGCUACUAUAACGACUGUUAUUAUUUUUCGCAACCAUUGCUGGAUCGUUCGAUCGAAAAGCUCUGAUCGCCCACGAGAAGAUCGAAUUAUUUAUAAUGUAUCUUUCUCGUUGAUUCAACUUCCUAUAUUAACAAGAUGAGAAGAAAAGAGGAAUGUUCGCUUGCGUUUUUCUAAUAUAUCUCGCGCACAUCGUCCGAGAGUGUAAUCAAUCUGAAAUCGCAUGAUUAACGCGACUCUUGUUCUUUGGAACAGAAGCGCAGAGUUCUGAAAAUAACGAACAAUCUUGGUUCGAUUUUUUCUAUUUUAUUCCUCUUUUUCUUCUGAUCCUUCAUCUUCUCCUCGUUAUGUUUUUUCCUUACUACUACUUCCUCCUUGUAUACGAUAGUAUCGUUUGUCUAGAUGUCACGUAGCCGGUUUUAGCGUUAAUUGGAAUGCUGAAAUUUUUGACCACAACGGAGCACUUCCGAACAAACUACAGGGAUAGAAGCAAUCGAAUGACAGUACAUAAUCAGAUCAUUAUUAAAAAAGAAUCAUUCAUCAAUUAUUCCAAUGAAUUAAUUCUUCUUAUUAUAUUAAGUAUUAAUUAGAUUAAUAAUAUUUUAUGUAUACAUAUAUAUGAAAAGGCAGUAAGUGGACUGAAAUGAGAUUGCACGAAGUUGACAAAUUUGUUAAAAACAAAGGGAAAGAUAGAACCAUUUACUUUAUUUCGUAGUUCAGGAGUUCAGGCUGUUAUCUAAAUCUCGCGUUAGAAGAAGCUCUUACGUGACAUAAGCACAGGAAAGAUUGUUGUUCUUAUUCUCUGUCAUUUGGUUUUCCUUGCUCUUUCCGUCUUUCUUCGCCUGAUGUUUCAUUUUCCUGUCCUAAGGUGUACAACCAAACUUUACGUUAAACCAUUAACAUAAACAGACGAAAGGAAGGAAGUAAGCGCGUUAUUAUAACAAUAGCCAAAUAGAUUAACGCGAUGCAAGCGGAUCAUUCGUAAAGGACAUUUGUAAACUGGACAGUCGCUGCUUGUCAUGGUCGCGAGCACGACUACGAAAUAAAUAAACCAUUUUACAAGACAGAAGUCAGACGAUAUUAAGAAACACGUGUUAAUGUAAUAAUCGACCGGAAGAUUUAUAAUAGGACGACUCAUGGAUCAAACUGAACUACGUCAUAAACAUAUAAAUAUAUAAAUAUAUAAAUAAAACAAAUAAAUAAAUAAAUUAAUUAAUAUCGCUCCGAGGGGGAUGGAGUAUGUGAAUUCGAUCGACAAAAGAAUAUAUUUGGGGGAAUGAGGAGGGGGAUAAUAUGAGAGAUCAUAGCAUACGUAUAUUACGGUAAUGAGAUAUAAAUAUAUACAUAUGCAUAUACAGAUAUGCGUACAUACGUAUACGUAUAUAUGUAUUGGUUAUUGAUAUAUCUACGUAAAGGUAUGUAUGCAUACAAAUAUAUAUACACAUACAUAUACAUAUAUUUAACUAUUGCAAAGUGUUGUUACAUCGCUACUUGUAUCGUAUUUUGUACAAAGUAUCCUUACCUUCGAUUGUUCUUUUUCUUUCGCCGUGAUAUAAAUAUAUAUAUAUAAAUAUAAAUAUACAUAAAGAAACCUUAGCAAGGCGAAGGAAACGUGACAAAUUACAAAAAUGUCAUUUUUGCCGGUAUCAUACUUUGGGAAACAUAAACGAAAUUGGUCAUAAUUGUUAUUAAAUAUCGCGGGUAUAUCUGUUUGGAACCGAUAGUUGCCUCUCGUCCGUUCAUGUUAAUCGAGUGUCGACAGAUGCGGUAAUAAGCGGUGAAAGAUGUGCGAUCUAGGAAUUAAUUAUCAGGGUGUCAGACGCGCGGCCCAAUUAAGCUUCAUUUUAUUCACCAAGUAUCAAGCUUUGAGUUUCAGUUCCAUUCUUUACGAAAACUUUCUUCUUUACAUUUGUCCGAGUAACAAAUUCGAAUGCAAAAAAUCGACUUACAUUUUCCCAAAUCCUAAUUUCCGAUUACCACGAUAUUUCGUUCUUAUCUUUCAUCGGGAAGAUCAACUAUUGAGUUAAUCAAUUAAAUUGUGAAGAACUAUUUGCUGGACCACGUGUUUGAACCACCUCCGCGUGUAGUAGUUACCAUCAGACUCGUAAUUAUACAAUUGGUUCGUGAUUCUUGUUUUUGCAAUGUCGAUCACGAUGAAUCGCAUAACGUUUAACGAGCAAGAGUUACAGGAACUGUGUAUACUAUGACUAUGGACCAAACGACAUUUUCUCGAGAGACCAAAUUCGGCUAUUCAAACGUAGAUUCGUUUCCCUUAGUUCCGUAAAAGUGUUUCUUUCUGCUUUGUUCGCGGCACAAUGGAAAAGCCAGACGAAUAAAAGCGUUUUUCUUAAUAUUUACAAUACGCAUUUGGAAACUGUAGGUGAUUAUGAUUAAGCAACGUUCCAACGAUCGCGGUUCCAGCCAUCGUCGUAUCGUCAUCGACCAAAAGCCGCGAAAUGUGUAAUGUGUAAUGCUUGCUCGAUUUCCGUGUUCGAUUUAACGCCACGAAAUUGCAAAAUCAACUUUGUCGAUCUCGUUCGACCUGUAUUCUGGCGAACGUCGAAAACUCAAAAAGUAUAUCUGAAUCAAAAAAUCCAGUCGAACGGAUAAAUACGCUUUCGAUGCUGUUCUUUGAAACGCGUUUAUCAAUGACGUCGUUUGAUCCAUUGGAAGGAAAUGUAGCGUUACGUAAAUAAUAAUUUUACCAGGUUAGUGUCAAGCUGUUAUUAGAAUGCCGUCGUCAUGUAAUUUAUUGAUAUUCUUGAACAUUUAACGAUUAAAUGUUGAUUUAGUGGAUUCCAAUGGAUCGGGCGAGAAACAAACUCGUUUUCCUUCAUCUUUGUCCGAUAGAACCCCUUGCGUGAUCUCGGAGUAAACUCGCGAUUGAUGUCAGAAUUCCUAUGAAUCUUUGCUGUGAACAUAUCUAAUGUGAAAUGUUGAUUCAGGCGAUUAAACGAAAAAAGAAAAAAAAAAAAAGAAAAAAGACUGACGUGACAUUUAAGAUCUUCAAACGCUUAACACGUUCGCUACCAGUGUCAGGAUCGAUCGACGAAAGCUACCAAUUUGGGAAUUCCAACCGAUCCGUCGGAAAAUGUAAACGAAAACAAUAAUUAACUCGCAACGAUGGCAGAAAAUUGACGGAACGUUCUAUAUAUCUAUAAAAAGGGAAACGAAAUUUUUUUUUCAAAAAAACAGACAAACGAUCUGUAGCCCGUAAAUAAAAGCUUGGUUCAAAUGGUAGUGAAUGUGUUAACUGAAUAUUACUUAGCAAAUUUGUAACGUUCAUCUUCCAUCUCUUUGACGGUUUUAUUUUCUUUCCUUAUCUUUCAUUGUUGAGUUUCAUAGCGAUAAGUCACGUAGCGAAACGAGUUUAAAGCGAUUCAAACGGAAAUGUAUGAGAAAUCCAGAAUCACUGCAAAAUAUAGCCGCAUUGAGUAUGUACGAAAAAGAAUAUUGGAACAGAGAGUUAAGGGGAGAUCUUCAUCUAUUAUCGUUAAGUGUUAGAUAUCAUAAAGCAAAAGUAAAAAAGAAAAAAAAUAUGCAAGUAGUAUUAAUUAAAAAGAAGCAAAGAAUGUAACGCGAGGGAAAAACCCAUUUCAAGUAUCCCACGAAUCGAGAGCUAAGUUCUGUCUCUUCUCUCUUUGUGAUCAGACCAAAUCUUAGGAGAUAAUAAUUUUAACAACAACAGGAACAAUAAGCUGACGCAAUGCAACGGUCGAACAUGAUUAGGAACUAACGAAUAAUACUUAGUCGAAUCUUUUUAUUUAAACAUUUACCAAAAAUAAAACGAAACGAAAUAAAGAAAAAAGAAAAAAACAAGCGCAGACUAAACAUAAAUAACGCUCUAAGAAAUUAAAUGAAAAAGUGUGGGGAAAUAUAAUAAACGAGAGAAAAUUGGAUUCUCUUAGAUACCACGAAAUCGUUUCGUUCGUUGUCUACGCUCAUUUUUGUGUAGUAUCUCACUUGUACAUUGUCAUUGUUAUAAAUUUAGUCGUUGAAUGGAUUCGUAUAAAACAAUCUUUUGAUACCGCGACAGCUAAUACAAUAUGAAUUGCAAAUAUAAGCCGUGCCGAGGAUGAUGCGUAUGUGUAUGUCCUAAAUAAAUCGAUCGCGGAAUGAUGUUCGUUCGAUCGUCGAUCCUCUUUCGCUGAGAAGACCGUCUGAAGCGCGUGGAAAAUCCUUUCAAUUCGAUGAAAACAAAUAAAUAAAUAAAGUAAUCGGUGUUAGGUCUCAUACCGAAACCUCUCUUUCAGAAAAGUGUUUUCCACAUCCUGAGAAAAAUAGAUGUACAUGCGUUAUUUCGAUUUAGAUAACGGUUAGUUAAAUAAUACACGAUAUUCCAACAGAUAUUAGCGAUGAGUGUUAAUCUUCGAUGCGAGAUUAAAGCUCUCUUCGGAAUCAUAGAACUUUGUUCCAUGAAAACACUUUAUGGAAAGAUAGAAUAAAGAAAGAAAAGAGGAAGAAUGUGCAUACGUGUGCGUGUGUGUAUAUCGGUGCAUAUGAUAUAAUGAAUAAAAAUCAGAGAGGGCAGUUGGUUUGAGAAGAAAAUGAGUUGAAAAGAAGUAGUUGCAGAGUGCGGAAUAGAAGACCCGAGGAACAUACUUCGAUGGUGUUAUUAGGUAGGCGCCAAUUAUUGUCAUUCCUUCUCUUGCAUCGAUACCCUAAGAUUGUAUAAACAGAACGUAGCGCAAAAGAAGAAAUCGAUUAUAUACACUCAUACAACUUUUAAUAUAACAAAUUAUCGCAUCGAUUAAGCAUGUCGAAUCGCCAGCUACGUUUGUCAUUCAGUAAUCUUGCGCUUUGUUUUUUCUAUGAAUCGGUGCAUAACAAUCUAUUUCUUGUUAGCCCAACUGAAAUAUCGGAAAAACUGCUACAAAAGAAAAAAAUCAGCAAAAAACACAAUGUUAUUAUAAACGAUUAAUUAAUAAAAAACGAA